UUUAAAACCUAUACUUGCCAAUUUAUUUGAUUAUAAGUUGGUAUAUUGCGUUUGACAAGGUUUAUCAGCAUGAAGAAAUGCUUAGUAGGAGGAGCCUUUAUAAUAGUGUUGAUUGCAUUAGGGGUAUGGGCUAUUAUUUCCUGUAUACCUCCACCUUCUAAGAGAUGCGGUACGCCCGGUGGACCGCCUAUUACCGCCCCUAGGAUACGGCUAAGUGAUGGACGCUAUCUAGCCUACGAAGAACAUGGUGUUAGUAGACAAAAUGCCACUUUCAAGAUCAUCUUUAUCCAUGCUUUCGCCACCUUCAGACGUGAUGCUGUUAUCGCCAACCGUGUUCGUCCUGGGUUUCUUGAGAAGAACGGCAUCUACGUGGUAUCAUAUGAUCGACCAGGUUAUGGAGAGAGCGAUCCUCAUUCCCGUCGCAGUGAAAAGACAUUAGCUCAUGACGUUGAACAACUCGCUGACCAACUACAACUUGGUUCCAAGUUUUAUGUGGUUGGAUACUCAAUGGGAGGCCAAGCCGUUUGGGGUGUUCUCAAGUACAUCCCUCACAGGCUCGCUGGAGCCACACUGCUUUGUCCUGUAACCAACUCAUGGUGGCCUAGUUUCCCUGAUAGUUUAACUUGGGAGCUAUGGAACAAGCAAACUAAAACCGAAAGGUUUGCGAUGCUCAUUACUCAUCACACGCCGUGGCUACUCUACUGGUGGAACCAUCAAAAGCUGUUUCAAACAUCAGCUGUGAUGCAAUCUAGCCCUACGAUAUUCUCACCUCAAGAUAUGGCUUUACUGCCCAAGCUGGCCGUAAGGGUGUCUUAUAAGAACCAAACAACGCAGCAAGGGGUACAUGAAUCAUUGGAGAGGGACUUGAUUGUGGGAUUUGGGAAAUGGGGGUUUGAUCCUAUGAAGAUUGAGAAUCCGUUUCCGAAAGGUGAAGGGUCAGUGCAUUUGUGGCAAGGGGAUGAUGAUAGGCUUGUACCGAUACAGCUACAAAGGAUCAUUGCUCAGAAACUAAGUUGGAUAAAGUAUCAUGAGAUUCCAGGAGCUGGUCAUUUGUUUCCAAAUGCUGAUGGGGUGGCUGAAACUAUCUUGAAGGAACUAUUGCCUAUUCCCCAAGCAUCUUAAUAUUCAGUUCACUCUUCUCUUUUUUGGGUUAAAAUGUCACAUUGUUUAGACUAAAGAAAGAAUUGUACAUUCUGUAUGAAUUUCUGUAUUACGUAUGAAUUUUUUUCGGUUUUUGCAAGAAAAUGUGUUAUAACGGAUGCAAGAUAAUAAGCGGAAACAAAUGAAUAUACAAAGAGUAAACGACACAAGAUUUAAUGUAAUUUAUCAAUUUGGCUACAAUACAUCCACCGGAUAAAAAGAGACUUGAUUAAUGAAGGCUAAAAUAUUAUUUUAGGAUAUUACAUGAACACAAAAUA